AGUAGAACGCAGGCGCCAUUAUGCACGGAAGUCUGAACCUGACCGAUUUGUGGUUGUCCAGUCGAUCUGUGCCCUAGGUUGGGCACGGACUGUGAAGUGUUACAGUGAAGAUGUUGCGCGUGGUGAGCUGGAACGUCAAUGGGAUCCGAAGCCCCCUGCAAGGGAUGGUAUACGAGGAGCCCAGCAACUGUGCCGCCAUGGUCGUGGGGCGCAUUUUGGACAAGCUGGAUGCCGACAUCAUUUGUUUCCAGGAGACUAAAGUGACCAGAGAUGUGCUGACAGAGCCCCUGGCUAUCACUGAGGGCUAUAACUCCUAUUUCAGCUUCAGCCGCAGCCGCAGUGGUUAUUCUGGUGUAGCCACCUUCUGUAAGGACAGUGCUACCCCCAUGGCUGCUGAAGAAGGCCUCAGUGGCCUACUUGCCACUCAGAAGGGGGAUGUGGGUUGCUAUGGAAACAUGGAUGAAUUCACCCAGGAAGAGCUUCGGGCCCUGGAUAGUGAGGGCCGGGCCCUCCUCACACAGCACAAAAUCUGCACAUGGGAAGGGAAAGAGAAGACCUUGACCCUAAUCAACGUGUACUGCCCCCAUGCGGACCCUGGGAAACCUGAGCGGCUGACGUUUAAGAUGCGCUUCUAUCGUUUGCUGCAGAUCCGAGCAGAAGCCCUCCUGGCAGCUGGCAGCCAUGUGAUCAUUCUGGGUGACCUGAAUACAGCCCACCACCCCAUUGACCACUGGGAUGCAGUCAGCCUGGAAUGUUUUGAAGAGGACCCAGGGCGCAAGUGGAUGGAUGGCUUGCUCAGUAGCCUGGGAUACCAGACUGGGUCCCCUGGAGGGCCCUUCAUUGAUAGCUACCGCUACUUCCAGCCAAAGCAGGAGGGGGCAUUCACCUGCUGGUCAGCAGUCAGUGGUGCCCGUCAUCUGAAUUAUGGCUCCCGGCUUGACUAUGUGCUGGGGGAUCAGACCCUGGUAAUAGACACUUUCCAGGACUCCUUCCUACUGCCUGAGGUGAUGGGCUCUGACCAUUGCCCUGUGGGUGCAGUCUUGAGUGUGUCCUCUGUGCCAGCAAAAGAGUGCCCUCCUCUGUGUACCCGCUUUCUCCCCGAGUUUGCAGGCACCCAGCUCAAGAUCCUUCGCUUUCUAGUUAAUCUCAAAGAUCCUGUGUUCAAGCAAUCAGCACUGAAACUCAAUAAAACCCAGGUACAGAUGUACCAAAACAAAGUCCGUGUGCGCUCAACCAGGCCUCGGCCAAGUCAAGCUGGCUCCAACAGAGGCCAGAAACACCUGACAAGCUACUUUCAGCCAUCUUCCAGCCAUCCCCAAGCAUCUCCUAACUUGGAACUUCCUAUUGUGGGUGCCCUCAUGACCCCAAAGACUCCAGAAAAGGAGGUGAUGGCCAAAAUGGUAGAGGGGCAGGCCAGUGCUUCAGAAGUCAAGGAUGAGAAGGAGAUACGGACCUCUUUUUGGAAGUCUGUGCUGGGGGGACCUUUGCCCAUGCCCCUCUGUGGGGGCCAUAGGGAGCCAUGUGUGAAGCGAACUGUGAAGAAGCCAGGACCCAACCUGGGCCGCCACUUUUAUAUGUGUGCCAGGCCCCAGGGUCCUCCCACUGACCCUUCCUCCCGCUGCAAUUUCUUUCUCUGGAGCAGGCCCAGCUGAAUCAACUCAGGCCUAGAGACAUCUAUCAUGGUCAACCCUGUAUGUAAUCAGGCCAGCUCCCUGCUAGAUUGCCUCUUGCUCCCCGAAGGCCUCCUCCUCUUCUGCUUUCCUCAAGGAUUCUUUCUUAUUUCUCUUUCUCUUCCUUCUUUAUGGCCUCUUUUCUUCCUGCCUAGCUCCUCCUCAUUGGUAAGUUACUUGUUUGUGCCAUAUUGCUGUGACCCAGUUCCUCACUGUGCUUCCCACUUUCCUGUCAGAAGUACAUAGGAACCAAUUACCCCAGAAAGUUGAUUUUAAACACCUUUCUUUCUUGCUGACAAAUAUGUUUGUGCCUAAAUAAAGUCUGUUUUUAUUUUAGAAUACCAUGUCCUGUACACAAUUUGGAUAUGCUCCAUGAAGUUGAGUCAGAGACAUCUCAACACUUGGUUUGCCAGCUGAUGAUAACUCCUAGGGAGAGGGGAGGAAGGAAGAAUGGUACUCACCAUAGAGAUGCUCUGUUGUAGGGGUUCCUUGCACUGCUGAGGUUGGAUCAGUAAGGGAGGUAGGUGUGGUGUGUUAGAAAGCUCAGGUGGAUCAUGCAGCCUUAAUUGGUGCUUCCUACAGCUGCCUCAAGUGGAUUAUAGGGUGGAAAGAAAUGACCCUAAAGUUGCCAAGCAGGGCACAAAGGUCAGGAGAGAUUGCCUCAUGGCAAGUAGAAUCAUUAGUUCACCCAAGUUUGCCAUGCAAAUGUAUUCUUUGUGCUAUGGCUUGGAAAGAUUGGGAGUGUUGCCUUGAAAAAGUUGCUUACUAUAGCCAAAUCUCUUUCCUACCUUGGAAAAUAGAGCUGGUAAGUCCUGUUCUAUAAGGUCCUGUGGAAAAGAAAGAGGACAUCUAUUCUUUCUGCUGGAUAAUACCUCCAAAGUUUUUGGGAACUAUUCCUCUUUUCCAGAUAUUUCAGUUAGGGCUGAUUCUAUCCCCUGACUUCAGGGACUACGUGGGUUUACUGUGUCUAGGUCUUCCAGUAAAGAGUCAGUCCCUAGAUUUUCCUCAUGGCUCUGCCACUCGCCUGAAGGAAUCAGAUAGGCAGUUUUCUGUCUAAUAAAGGGCUAAAAAUGC